AUGGACGUAGACGUGGACGUGGACGUGGACGUGGACUUCGACUUGGACGUGGACGUGGACGUGGACGUGGACGUCGACGUCGACGUGGACGUGGACGUGGACUUGGACAUGGACGUGGACGUAGACGUGGACGUGGACGUGGACAUGGACAUGGACGUGGACGUGGACGUGGACGUAGAAAUGGACGUGGACGUGGACGUGGACGUCGGCGUGCACGUGCACGUGGACAUGGACGUGGACGUGGACGUGGACGUGGACGUGAACGUGGACGUGGACGUGGUCGUGGACGUGGACGUGGACAUGGACGUGGACGUGGUCGUGGACAUGGACGUGGACGUGGAGGACGUGGACGUGGAGGACGUGGACGUGGACGUGGAGGACGUGGACGUGGACGUGGAGGACGAGGACGAGGACGUGGACGUGGACGUGGACGUGGACGUGGACCUGGACGUGGACGUGGACGUGGACGUGGACGUGGACGUGGACAUGGAUGUGGACGUGGACGUGGACGCGGACGUGGACGAGGACGCGGACGUGGACGAGGAUGCGGACGUGGCCGCGGACGUGGACGCGGACGCGGACGUGGACGAGGACGCGGACGUGGACGCGGACGCGGACUCGGACGUGGACGGGGACGCGGACGUGGACGCGGACGUGGACGUGGACGGGGACGUGGACGUGGACCUGGACGUGGACGUGGACGUGGACGUUGACGUGGACGUGGACGUGGACGUGGACGUGGACGUGGACGUGGACGUGGACGUGGAGGUGGACGUGGACGUGGAGGUGGACGUGGACGGGGACGUGGAGGACGACGUGGACGUGGAGGACGUGGACGUGGACGUGGACGUGGAGGACGUGGACGUGGACGUGGACGUGGACAUGGACGUGCACGUGGACGUGGACGUGGACGUGGACGUGGACGUGGACGAGGACGUGGACGUGGACGUGAACGUGGACGUGGACGUGGUCGUGAACGUGGACGUGGACGUGGUCGUGGACGUGGUCGUGGACAUGGACGUGGACGUGGACCUGGACCUGGACGUUGACGUGGAAGAGGACGUGGACGUGGACGUGGAGGACAUGGACGUGGACGUGGACGUGGACGUGGACGUAGAAGUGGACGUGGACGUGGACGUGGACGUGGACGUGGACCUGGACGUGGACCUGGACGUGGACGUGGACGAGGACGAGGACGUGGACGUGGACGUGGACGUGGACGUGAACGUGGACGUGGACGUGGUCGUGGACGUGGUCGUGGAUGUGGACGUGGACGUGGACCUGGACCUGGACGUUGACGUGGACGAGGACGUGGACAUGGACGUGGAGGACAUGGACGUGGACGUGGACGUGGACGUGGACGUAGAAAUGGACGUGGACGUGGACGUGGACGUGGACCUGGACCUGGACCUGGACGUUGACAGGCACGUGGACGUGGACAUGGACGUGGACGUGGAGGACAUGGACGUGGACGUGGACGUGGACGUUGACGUGGACGUGGACGUGGACGUGGACGUGGACCUGGACGUGGACGUAGACGUGGACGUGGACGUGGACGUGGACAUGGACGUGGACGUGGACGUGGACCUGGACGUGGACGUGCACGUGGAGGUGGACGUGGACGUGGAGGUGGACGUGGACGUGGAGGUGGACGUGGACGGGGACGUGGAGGACGACGUGGACGUGGAGGACGUGGACGUGGACGUGGACGUGGAGGACGUGGACGUGGACGUGGACGUGGACAUGGACGUGCACGUGGACGUGGACGUGGACGUGGACGUCGACGUGGACGAGGACGUGGACGUGGACGUGAACGUGGACGUGGACGUGGUCGUGAACGUGGACGUGGACGUGGUCGUGGACGUGGUCGUGGACGUGGACGUGGACGUGGACCUGGACCUGGACGUUGACGUGGACGAGGACGUGGACGUGGACGUGGAGGACAUGGACGUGGACGUGGACGUGGACGUGGACGUAGAAGUGGACGUGGACGUGGACGUGGACGUGGACGUGGACCUAGACGUGGACCUGGACGUGGACGUGGACGAGGACGAGGACGUGGACUUGGACGUGGACGUGGACGUGGACGUGAACGUGGACGUGGACGUGGUCGUGGACGUGGUCGUGGAUGUGGACGUGGACGUGGACCUGGACCUGGACAUUGAUGUGGACGAGGACGUGGACGUGGACGUGGAGGACAUGGACGUGGACGUGGACGUGGACGUGGACGUAGAAAUGGACGUGGACGUGGACGUGGACGUGGACGUGGACCUGGACCUGGACGUUGACGUGCACGUGGACGUGGACAUGGACGUGGACGUGGAGGACGUGGACGUGGACGUGGACGUGGACGUUGACGUGGACGUGGACGUGGACGUGGACGUGGACCUGGACGUGGACGUGGACGUGGACGUGGAUGUGGACGUGGACGUGGACGUGGACAUGGACGUGGACGUGGACGUGGACCUGGACGUGGACGUGCACGUGGAGGACAUGGACGUGGACGUGGACGUGGACGUGGACGAGGACGAGGACGUGGACGUGGACGUGGACGUGGACGAGGAGGACAUGGACGUGGACGUGGACGUUGACGUGGACGUGGACAUGGACGUGGACAUGGACGUGGACGUGGACGUGGACAUGGACGUGGACGUGGACGUGGACGUGGACGUGGACGUUGACGUGGACAUGGACCUGGACCUGGACCUGGACGUGGACGUGCACGUGGACGUGGACGUGGAGGACAUGGACGUGGACGUGGACGUGGACGUUGACGUGGACGUGGACGUGGACGUGGACAUGGACGUGGACGUAGACGUGGACGUGGACGUGGACGUGGACGUGGACGUGGAGGACAUGGACGUGGACGUGGACGUGGACGUGGACGUAGAAAUGGACGUGGACGUGGACGUGGACGUGGACGUGGACCCGGACCUGGACGUUGACGUGCACGUGGACGUGGACAUGGACGUGGACGUGGAGGACAUGGACGUGGACGUGGACGUGGACGUUGACGUGGACGUGGACGUGGACGUGGACGUGGACCUGGACGUGGACGUGGACGUGGACGUGGAUGUGGACGUGGACGUGGACGUGGACAUGGACGUGGACGUGGACGUGGACCUGGACGUGGACGUGCACGUGGAGGACAUGGACGUGGACGUGGACGUGGACGAGGACGAGGACGUGGACGUGGACGUGGACGUGGACGUGGACGAGGAGGACAUGGACGUGGACGUGGACGUUGACGUGGACGUGGACAUGGACGUGGACAUAGACGUGGACGUGGACGUGGACAUGGACGUGGACCUGGACGUGGACGUGGACGUAAACGUUGACGUGGACAUGGACCUGGACUUGGACCUGGACGUGGACGUGCACGUGGACGUGGACGUGGACGUGGAGGACAUGGACGUGGACGUGGACGUGGACGUUGACGUGGACGUGGACGUGGACAUGGACGUGGACGUAGACGUGGACGUGGACGUGGACGUGGACGUGGACAUGGACGAGGACGAGGACGUGGACGUGGACGUGGACGUGGACGUGGACGUGGACGUGGACAUGGUCGUGGACGUACGCGUGAACGUGGACGUGGACAUGGACGUGGACGUGGACGUGGACGUGGACAUGGUCGUGGACGUGGACGUGGACGUGGACGUGGACAUGGACGUGGACGUGGACGUCGAGGUGGACGUGGACGUGGACAUGGACGUGGACGUGGACGUGGACGUGGACGUGGAGGAGGUGGACGUGGAGGACGUGGAGGAUGUGGACGUGGAGGACGUGGACGUGGACGUGGAGGACAUGGACGUGGACGUGGACGUAGACGUGGUCGUGGACGUGGACGUUGACGUGGACGUGGACGUGGUCGUGGACGUGGAGGACUUGGACGUUGACAUGGACGUGGACGUGGACGUGGACGUGGACAUGGUUGUGGACGUGGACGUGGACGUGGACAUGGACGUGGAUGUGGACGUGGACGUGGAAAUGGACGUGGACGUGGACAUGGAUGUGGAUGUGGACGUGGACGUGGAGCUUGCCUGGUCGACGAGCGUGCCUGGUCCAUGGGCUUGCGUGAUCCAGGAGCUUGCCUGGUCCAGGAGCUUGCUUGGUCCAGGAGCUUGCCUGGUCCAGGAGCUUGCCUUGUCUAGGAGCUUGCCUGGUCCAGGAGCUUGCCUCGUCCAAGAGCUUGCGUGGUCGAGGAGCUUACCUGGUCCAGGAGCUUGCCUCGUCGAAGAGCUUGCCUGGUCCAGGAGCUUUCCUGGUCCAGGAGCGUGCUUGGACAAGGAGCUUGCCUGA